AGGGAGAGAGGAGGGCGGUUCGAGCGGCGGCCACCGUGAACCUCGAUCGACGCCCGAUUGGGGGCCAGGUGCAGUCAAUGGGGAACAUCUUUGGGUGCCAACCUCCGCUUCCGGUGAUUUCUGUUACGUCAACGACUGCUCGAAACACGGGCCCCGGAUGAAGUGCGCAGCCUGCCGCGUGGUGGCCCACGCGCUCUGCGCGAUGAACUUGAACUUCCCGUGCAAGUCCAGCUUCCGAGACGUGGGUGUCCGGCAGUAUCGCGAGCAAACGAACACGCAGCACCACUGGGUCCACCGUCGGUCCCAGAAAGGCAAGUGCUCGAACUGCGGCAAGUCGUUCCAGUCGAAACUGAGCUUCUCCUCGAAGGAGAUCGUCGCGGUGAGCUGCAGCUGGUGCAAGAUCGCGUACCACAACAAGGAGGCCUGCUUCAGCGUGCAGAAAGUUGGGGAGAAUUGCGAGCUCGGUGGGCACGCGUCGAUCAUCGUGCCUCCGUCCUGGAUCGUGAAACUGCCGAGGAAAGGCAGCUUCAAGAGCAGCUUGAGAAAAUCGCCGAGGAAGAAGAAGUCGGGCGAAAGUCGACGAAAGUCGAAGGAGAAAGACAAGGACAAGGAGCAGGACAAGGACAAGGAUAAGGACAAGGACCAGGGCAGGCUCUGGGUGGUUAAACCGAUCCCGUCGGCUAUCGUCAAGCCGGUGUUGGUCUUCAUCAACCCGAAGUCCGGGGGCAAUCAGGGUGCCAAGCUGCUGCAGAAGUUCCAGUGGAUUCUCAACCCCAGACAGGUCUUUGAUCUGACGCAGGGUGGGCCCAGGAUGGGGCUCGAGCUGUUCAAGAAAGUUCCUAAUCUCCGAGUGCUGGCAUGCGGGGGUGACGGUACCGUCGGCUGGGUGCUAUCAGUCCUGGACCAAAUCGGUUGUUCUCCACCGCCGGCGGUCGGAACUCUUCCUCUGGGUACCGGAAACGAUCUGGCAAGGGCUCUCGGUUGGGGCGGCGGUUACACGGACGAACCGAUCGGUAAAAUUCUGAUGAACAUCAGCGAGAGCGAGGCGAUACUGCUGGACAGAUGGGAGCUGAUCGUCGAGAGGAAUCAGGACGCCCAGGGCGACGACGACAACGGCAAGGGCAAAGAGAAUCUGCCUCUGAACGUCGUCAAUAAUUACUUCUCCCUUGGCGUGGAUGCUCACAUCGCCCUCGAAUUUCACGAGGCACGAGAGGCGCAUCCGGAGAAGUUCAACUCGCGGAUACGGAACAAGAUGUAUUACGGUCAAAUGGGCGGCAAGGAUCUCGUGUUACGGAAAUGGAAGGACCUCUCGGAGUACGUGACGCUGGACUGCGACGGACAGGAUCUGACACCGAAAUUGAAGGAGCACCGUGUGCAUGCCAUUGUGUUCCUGAACAUCGCCUCUUAUGGUGGCGGGACGCAUCCCUGGGGUGCUGCCAGUGGAACCAAGGAGCCAUCCACCGAGGAUGGCAUGUUCGAGGUGGUCGGCUUGACGACCUAUCAGUUGCCGCUACUUCAGGCAGGAGGACACGGCACCUGCAUAGCGCAAUGCAGCCAGGCCAAGCUUGUUACAACCAAAACCAUUCCAAUGCAGGUCGACGGCGAAGCCUGCCGGCUGCUGCCAUCCACCAUCACCAUGAAGCUGUUGAACAAAGCGACGAUGCUGGCGAAACGGCGAAACACUGGCAGGCCGCAGCAGGACGCCAAGCUCGAGAGAUUAAAGUUGCCGGUGAUGAAGAUCAAGAUGUCGGACUACGAGCGGUACCAUCACGACAAGGACAUGCUGAAGAACUCCGCAGCGACGUGGAUCGUGGAUCCGCUGGAUCUAGACGCCACCACGGACCUCGAGUCCUUGAGAAAGAUCCUGGCGAAGGAUCAUAACAUGGACACUUGUUGCUUCCUCGACUCUUGCACCGCGGAGCGAUUCUUCAGGGUCGACCGAGCUCAAGAGCAGCUGCAUUACGUCACCGAUGUCGCUGUGGAGGCGGUGUACGUCCUCGAGGAGAACGCAACCAAUCAAUCAACCGGCGAACAACCCGAACAGGGCAAGGUCUCCGCGGGCCAAGAACCCGAAACCUCGCCCAGCGAAGAACAACCAAAGAGAAUCGCAGCCAUGACAGAAGAGCCAACAAAUGAUAAUGCAACGGUGGCCGAGGAAGAGCCGGAACAAGCUCAGCCGCAGGAACAGCCAAAGCCGCAGGAGCAGCCAAAGCAACCUCAACCACAGGAAGAGCCGAAACAACCUCAGCCACGGGAAGAACCGAAACAACCUCAGCCGCAGGAACAGUCGAAGGAGCCGCAGCCGCAGGAACAGUCGAAGCAACCGCAGCUGCAGCAACAGCAGACUUUGGAGGUGGAGAACGAACAACCACCUAAGAUGUCGGAUGAAACGAAGAUGCAGUCCGAUGACCAACGCUCCUCUAAAGAAUUUGAAGGAUCGAUGAGCGAGCCGAUGAACGACAGGAAAGAGGAGAAAGUAACCGGGGACUCCAUGAAGCAAAGCAGUUCCUCGAAAUCGAUCUCGGCGACUGCUGCUGCACAGUCGCAACACCAGGCACCGCUCACUUUCAUUAGUCCACGUGAUAGGCUUUUCGGUCUAGGUUCCGAGGUUCACAGCUUCAGCACGGGAUUGCUUGAGAAGACCAGCGACAGUAUACUGAAAGCCGCGAAGAUCGGUGAUUUUGCCGCCUUGAAGGAACACCACGAGAAAGGGUACUCUCUCCUAUCCAUUGACGCCUCUGGACAGACUGCUCUUCAUUUAGCUUCAAGGCAUGGCCACAAGGAUAUCAUCAGAUAUCUGAUCGCUUGCGCUCCAGCGAGCAUCCUCAACAUGAUUGACAACGACAAAGGUCAGACCGCUCUGCACAAAGCGGCUCAAUAUAAGCGCCGUUCCAUUUGCUGCAUGUUGGUGGCGGGCGGCGCUACUUUAACCGUCAAGGAUCGACAAGGCAACACGCCCCGUGAUCUUGCUCUGCAAGCAGAGGACCGUGACCUCGCAGCGUAUUUAUUCAGUCAAGAGCAGUUCCAGCUGACAACGGAAGAAAUGGAGAACUCCCUCUGACCUACGGCCGUAAUUGGCAGGGCCUGAGCGAACCCUGGUUGAACCCUGCCGACACACGGCGCGACGACGCGACGGGAUGCGUGGGAGAAGAGAUCCUAGAUCGAGAUCCUAGACCAAGCCGGUGAUAGUCGUCGAUCAUCCAGUAAGCCUCGUGAUCGAGAGACCGCGAUCGCAUCUGUCGAUCGUAUCAGCGGACUCAUUUGCCACGAGACUUCCCUCGUCGAGAUCGAUCGGUGUCAAUGAUCGACGUCUGCGGGGGCCACAAUCUACGGUGUACAGAGUUCUCGAAGAUCCACGAGAAUCCGACGACUAUAAAGCUGAAGAAUCUAUGAGCCUGGUUCCAAAAACGAAGCUCGCAGCAUCGAAGAUCUGAGGAAGGGAGGAUCUAGAGAGAGAGAGAGAGAGAGAGAGAGAGAGAGACGUUUGCUCAUUCGCGAUCUCGGUCGCGCCGUAUUCCCGCGUGCUGAGGACGAAGGCGAUCCUAACCGAAUUAGUGAGACAUUAAGAUUAGGGGAUCGGAUAGUCGGGAUAAAUUCAGUCGUUCGAGACUACCGUUCACGUGAUUCGUUCGUGUAAGUUUUAUUUUAUAUUUUUCUACGUUCCAUUUCUAGGCGACCUAGCUGGUAGACAGAGAGAAUGGGAGGGAGAGAAUGGUUGACGAUCGAUUAUGGUAGCCGAUCUGUGCGCUUGAGGGGAGCCGUUAGCAUUCAGAGAGUUGGACAGAGUUUUACCGUUUUUUGAUUCCGAUUAUCGUUGCACCGUGGGUAGUAUUGUCGUUGCAUCUCCGUUAGGAUCGGGAAAACGGUGCUGUGGACAGCGUUGCGGCACGGCUCGGAUUAGUGCGACGGAAUCGACACGCUAAACCGGGGAACCGGUUGUCGCUGUUGGGUUUCACUCGACACGUUGAGUGCCGGCCGAUUUUUUAGCACAAGAUUCGUUUGAAUUCGAUUACGUUAAUGAUUGACAACGCUUCUGCUGCAAUUUUCAAUCGGAUUUCUAGCAAUUUUAACCAAGGUGGUUCCAGUGAUGAUAAUAUCGAUAAUUUUUAGUGUCGUUUUCUCUGGAGCGUCCGCCGUCAUUGUAAUUCUCUUUGUCGAUGCUGUUGGCAGUCAACGUGUCAGGAAAGGGCGGUAAAAGGAAACGUUCGGUUGGGGGAAAAAUGCGAGACCGCUCUGAUCCGAGGAUCUCGGACGUUCCACUGAUCCGUGAAUUUUCAAUUCGACUAAUUAAUCAUCGAAGUGGCUUCAAGAGCUGUUCGAGCGCCCGAUACGUCGGUGACAGAGCGAACCAAUAUUUAAAUAAUUAUUGAUACGGUUAUUGAUAAUUAUUCGUUGAACAUCUAUCCGACUCUGCUGGCAUCCAAGUAUGUAUUUCUAUUCUGUGCCCCAUCCCCUUCGCCCCCGUUGAAUUUUGCCCGCUUGUUCUCUAGAGUAUAUCUCAUCGCGUCGGAUACAUAUCUUUUUCUAUAAGUGUCGCGUUGCAUAUACAUAUAUAAAUAAUAUAUAUAUAAAUAUAAAUAUAUAUUAUACAUAUACAUAUAUUUUCUACGUACGUUAAUACUGAUAUAUAUUUAUUGUAUGUAAGGCGCAGAUGUUUCUUCAUGAUAACUAUUUUUUCUUGUCCGCGAGGACCCGUCGAGACUCCAUCACACUGCUUGGACUAUUUUACACAGACGUCCUAUUCAUGUAUAGGGUGUUCCGCAAAAAGGGUUCAAGAAACGGGGGAUUUUAAGGAAAGGUCGACAAUAAGUGGAAACGCAGCGGGAUUGUCUGAUUGAUUUGCCAACUGGGCGAUUUUUCUGUUGCAUGAUCAAGAAGAUCGAUGUAAUCAAAAUGUACACUGUGGCCAAAAUGUGCGCGGACUUGUUCUCAAUUGCAAUUACAAUUUCCACGGAUUUUAUGCAUUCGAUCUAUCAAAUAUAUAUCAAAUAUUAUAUAUCAUCGAUAAUAACGAAAAGUUUUAAACUAUAUUAUAUAUCGUUUGAAUCAACGCCAAUGCAGUCGUUGCACUGGCGAACCUAACGCGUACACUCGUCUUGCCCGGUUAGCAAACCAAUUUUUUAAUGGAAGAAUUACGACAAAGUAAAAAUAACCAUUGAUAACUAUAGGUAUAGUAUGUGUUCUUUAGCGGAAGGCUACUUCCCGUCGAAGUAACGAGUACGUAUAAAUGAUACAAAUUCAGAUACUUAGAUGAGAUUAUCUCCGAUCCAAAUACAUUGUCUCGAUUUCUAAUACAAUGAAUCCUAGCAUUCGCUGAAGAUUUUACUUUGGAAAUAAAUUUUAAAUAAACGCUCCAAAAAAAAAGAAGAAGAAGACAUCGAUCAUUAAUUCUCUAUUAUAAUACGUAGUCCGAGUGUCGUAAAUUUUCACUCUCUCUCUUCGCAUAGAGAAUUAUAUUAACGUUUCUCUAGGCUGUAAAUUCUUUCGGAACACCCUGUAUGCUAACCGACAGUAAAGAAACCACUGAAUUCUAGCAACAGAUCUCGAAACUAACGAAAUUCAGGAGAUCGGUGUAUCCGUUUGCCCUUGAACAGCGGUGCCCGGGUCUGUUCCGACCCGGCGUUGCUAAAACCGUGAUACAACGACUCAGCUUUCGAAAAAUAAUUACAUUGGCAGCUGUUUAAUUAAACGGAGUGUGAUUGGUGGGUGCUGGAGGUGCUUAAGUCAGAUUCGAGGAAUAUGGUCGAGAGGAAUUAACAGGAAGGGAUUUUAUAACGUACCUAAUUAUCGCUGAUUGCACAGUCGUUGAGAAGGUUCGCUCUCCAAGGGUUAAACUCGAGGAUCUAUAGAAUCGGCGCGCAGCGACGAUCGAUCACGCCAAUCCACGCGGUCGUUCGCAACGAUCGACGAGUCGCUUUUGCGAAAGACAGCAUCAGCUCAAGCGGAAUUGUGCCAAAGCGGGAUCUCUAUGGCUCGACGAUUAUGGUUUGGCAAACAAAUCAUUUGAAUAUUGAAUGCAUAGAUGCAUCGUGAGAUUCUCAGGUCGUGAACACUGCACAUAAGUGCAGCGCACAUUGCACGAUAGGACUUUGAACGCUGACGUUGCGAUCACUUUUCGAAUUGUUCACGAAUCUUCGCGAAACUCUCGCGUUCUUAAUCGAGUCCGUUUUUAAAGAAGAACUUAAUUCAUCGCUGAUACAUAUAUAUUUGCAGAUGUAUUUUAAUAUAAAAUUGGAUACACCAACCGUUUGCAAAAUCGCAAUUUCAGUGUGUCGAACACUCGAUCAACAAGAUAAUCAACGUCCAAUGUGCAAUGCCUUCAAUAUUAUCGAUGCUGUGACAAAAAUUCGAUACAAUCAUUCCGAUCAAGUGAAAAAACAAUUCGGCCGUCCGGGUUUCUAAUUCAUCAAAGUCCGAAAUAAGAGUUCCGCGAACCUGAUCGUCCAGCCGAUCGCUCCGCGCCGGUUCGACGAUUUCACCAUUCGAUUUCGAAGGCGGCGGACUCGAGACACUGAAAACACCCAAGCAGCCAUGUUCAUCUCGUAGCCACGUCAGCUCAUUUAGCCGUUAAUCAAUUGAGAUCGAUGAGGACGAGAUAAACGAGUGCGGGGUUCGCGCGUGAAAGAGCGCGAAGGUGAAAAAGGGAGAGAGAGAGAAAGUGAGAGUGAACAAAAAUGAAAAGCGGCGUGUGAAAGAGAAACGAGAACAGGGAGGAGGAAACGGAAAAACGAGAGAGAAAGUGAGAAUGAGAGAGAGAGAGAGAGAGAGAGAGAGAGAAAGAGAGAGUGAGAGAGAAAGAGAAUUAUCUUACUCGGUACCAAAAUAAAAAAGGGGAUCAACGUACGAACACCAAUUAGUUCUUAAACGACGGUCUAUCGUCACUAUUAUUAUUAUUAUUAUACUGUUAACGCUAGACUACUCUAAUUUUACUCUCGAAUUAUUAUAUUAUAUGACGUAUGUAUAGUAAUCCUUUCUGAGCAUUCGUCCUACGGACUCGACAACUAUGCCGCGCCGGUGCGUUGCCAUACACGUACGAACAUUUGCGAACACCUGCGAGGUGAGUUUCUCAUCGGCAGACACGCGCCGAUGCGAUUCGAUCGAUCGCUCGAUUCGAUUCUCUACCGGUGUAAAUAUUUUCGACAAGGAUUAUAACGCUAAACGAAAAACCUCUUCGUUUUUCUCGAAACGUUUUAUAUCGCUGCGAGACUGUCCUCUCUAAUUGCCGAGGGAUCAUCAUAGUACAAUGGUGGUCAAAAGAAAGCGUGAUAUAUCAUCCGUGCGAUUUUAUUCGAUCGCGAUCUACGAUGUAUUUAAGGAGAUGAUGUUGUAUUUAAGACCUUUAUGAGCACGAUGAUAUUGUUAUGUUAUAUAUGUAUGGAAUUACAUAUAUAUAUAUAAUAGUAUUUAUUUCUAAGAAUGUUGUCGCUGUCUUUUUUCUAUAAAAAAACGCGGAGACCACGAUUAAUUGAAAGUUACUAUUCACCCUAUUUUUCUCGAAUAAAUCGAUCGAACGAGAGAGUUUGUUGUUUUCCAUAUGGAUUGUCUUCGCAAUAAAACGCCACUUAGAAACAUUA